CUCCGGAAACCCCGUGCGAGGGGGAGCCGCGUUCUCUUUCCGGCGUCCGCCAUUCCGCGAGGAGGCCGUUGGUGCGAGCGACGCCGACGGCCGCCGCCAUGCAGAUCUUUGUGAAAACUCUGACCGGGAAAACCAUCACCCUCGAGGUUGAACCCUCUGAUACUAUAGAAAAUGUCAAGGCCAAAAUCCAGGACAAGGAAGGAAUUCCUCCUGACCAACAGCGACUGAUUUUUGCUGGCAAACAAUUAGAAGAUGGGCGCACCCUAUCUGAUUAUAACAUCCAAAAGGAGUCUACUCUUCACCUUGUGCUGAGACUUCGUGGUGGUGCAAAGAAGAGGAAGAAGAAGUCUUACACCACCCCUAAGAAGAACAAGCAUAAAAGAAAGAAGGUGAAGCUUGCUGUCCUUAAAUAUUACAAGGUGGAUGAAAAUGGGAAAAUCAGCCGCCUGCGGCGAGAGUGCCCUUCGGAGGAAUGUGGGGCUGGAGUGUUUAUGGCCAGUCACUUUGACAGGCACUAUUGUGGCAAGUGCUGUUUGACAUACUGCUUCAACAAGCCAGAAGACAAGUAAAUGUGUCUCUUGUAAUAAAAACCUUUAAAUGUUA